CCUGCCUUGGCAGUUUGCCCCCGCCUUGGCGAGAGAGCCCGUCUCGCUCCUUCGAUACCUUUGCUUUUAUAGUCUAGAUGUUGCCCUUUUCUUGUUUAUCCCCUUGAAAACAGCACCCAUCCUCGAUACCGGUCCUUCUCCGCCGGGCGUGCCUUCCUAACAGCCUCUCGGUCGCCAAGCCAACCGGCCUUUGGCAUCAUCAAGCCAACCGACGGUUCGUAUCAUCAAGCCGUCCAAGCCCUCGUCGGACCAUCGCCGACCAUCGCCCACACCGCCCACACCGCCCAACCGAAAACUUCCCAAUCUCCCUCACGUUCGGCCGUGUCCGUUUAUCGCCAUGGCCGUUUCUCUCUCGCUUCUGCGCAAUCCGGCUCCGUUCCUCAGACACAACAUCGGCCCGAUCCUGUCGGUGCUGGCGGUGAUGAUCUUUGUGGCUGUCGAGAUUGUGGUUGCAUACAACUCCAACUUUGCCUUGCCGGCCCCGCUCGAUGCCUCUGUCCCCAACUCGACCUUCAGCGAAGCCCGUGCCCGGGUCCUCCUCCAGAACCUCACCGUCGACAUUGGCAUCCACAACGCCGGCGGCCCCAAGCACUACCUCGCCCGCGAGCUUCUCAACAGCAGCCUACUCGCCAUCCUGAACCAACCGACGGUCCCCGGCGUCCGUGUGGAGAUCUCGCAGCUCGGAGACAACUCCACCCUGGGAAACUACAGCUAUCUGUAUCCGAACUUCACGACGACCCCGCCCGAGAACAUAUACAUCCGUCUGUCCGAUGCAUCCUCGCCCGUGACCCAAAACAAGUCGACACUGCUCCUUUCGGCCCACUACGACUCGGUGCCGACCGGUCCUGGUGCCACGGACGACGGUGUUGGCACCGUCGCCUUGGUCGAGACGGUUCGCAACCUCCUCUCGAAACAGCGCCUCGAUCUUGCAAAGUGGAAUGUCCUGGUCAUUCUCUUUGAUCAGGAAGAGAUUGGUCUGAUCGGCAGCGCCUGGUUCAUGCACCACCCUUCGCCGUGGCAACUGGACACCAAGCUCACCAACGUCAUUCUCAACAUCGAGGGCUCGGGCAGCGCCGGCAAGUUCACCCUGGUGCGGGGCAGUAGUCAAUGGGCCGUCAAUUUGUUUGCCCAGUCGGCACCUCGGCCCUAUGGUCUUUCGGUCGUGCAGUUCAUCUACAACCACGUCUUUCUCGGCGGCAGCACCGACCUGGACUCGAUCCUUCGCUCGUCGCCGAUCCAUGCAGUCGAGCUUAUCGCGGUCCACAACCGCUUCCGCUACCACACCAUCGACGAUUCGUAUGCAAAUGUGCAGCAGGGCUCUAUCCAGCACCUCGGCGAGAACAUUGCCGCCUUCACAGACAAGGUCCUGAGCACCGACCCAGCCUCGUACCCGCCAAUGCUGCCCAUCAUCAGCUUGGAAGGCGUUCCUCGCUCGAUUCCCACCGAGCUCUACUACUACACAUCGUUCUUUGACAGCAUCCUGGUGACUCAGUCCCGACUGGGCCAGAUUCUCAUCACGACGGCCUCUAUUGCCGUCGUCGUGCCGCUGCUCGGAGCCUUCGGAAGUAUCUUCAAGGCCCGCAUGUGCAUCGGCGCUCGGUCAGUCGGUCGGGUGGCUCUGGACGCUCUCAUCAACGCUGGUCUGCUCCUGGCCAAGGCUCUGGGAUCUAUUGUGCUCACCAGCGUUGUCUCGCUGUCGAUCGUGCUGCAUUCCAAGAACUGGACCGCACCGCCAGAGAACGCUUUCCGACUCCUCUUCUUUGAGCUUUCGGUCGCGGUCGCCUGCCGGACCAACACUGCCGAACAAACCGCCACCGCCGAGCAGCGAAAGAGCGCUCGCCACGACCUUUUCGUGUCGUUGCCUAAGAAGUCUCUGGUGGAGGCGGUCUCGUCGAUAGAGGACUCGGAGCCGAACGGCCCGGUUGUCCAUCCGACUGCCCCUCGGUUCGCAUACGGAUACGCCAACUUUGUCGAGGUUGCUGGCCUGGCGCUCUUCAACAUGCUCUUGGGCAUUGCCAUGACGGUUGUGUUGCCGGACCUCUUCCUGAUCCCUACCAUCAACGUCGUCGUUGCCGCUAUCGUUGUGCUCGUCGACUUUGCCUAUCUGACUAUGGCAGACAAGAUGGCCGGAUCGUCGGGAGCCAACUCCGUCGACACGACGGGCACCGAGUCGAGCGAAUCUGGCCGCGCCCUGAUCUCCAGCCGCCCCGAUAAGGACCGGCUCUCGCUGGUCUAUUUCGCCCUGCGCCAAAUGCUGAUUCUGUCACCGCUGCUUGCGGCCCUGCAGACGUCGGUAAUGGUUUCGACGGCGCUGCCAUACUACCUCAAUGCCAUGGACAUUCCGUGGGCCUCGGGCAUCCUCGUGGGGCUCUUCAACGCCAUGUUUGUGAUGCCCAACUUUGACCCGCUCGUGCAGUCGCUCAAGACACACCAGGGACUGGGCAUGGUCCCCGUCUUGGCUGUGUAUGUGUGUGUUGCUGUGACGACGAUCGCACUGGCAUAUUCUAGCAGCACCUGAACACGCCUGAGGCUCUGGAGAUCACUGGUGUGUGCAUGAACAUGAACGUCGAGUGCACAAUGGGAAUGGAAUCGUCUGCGGAGACC